CGCAGCGCGGCUCGGAGCGCGCACGGAGCCUCCCGCAGCCGCCGCCAUGGCCCGGAACCGCCGGGACAGGAGCAGCUGGGGUAGUUUUGCAGACAAGACUUACGAGUGGAGCUCUGAGGAGGAGGAAUCCGUCAGGAAGGCAGGGCCAGUGCAGGUGCUCAUUGUCAAAGAUGACCACUCCUUUGAGCUGGACGAGGCCGCCCUGAACCGCAUCCUCCUCUCCGAGGCUGUCAGAGAUAAGGAGGUCGUGGCUGUGUCCGUGGCUGGAGCUUUUAGGAAAGGAAAAUCAUUCCUGAUGGACUUCAUGCUGCGGUACAUGUACAAUAAGGAAGCAGUGGACUGGGUUGGGGAUUACAACGAGCCUCUGACUGGUUUCUCCUGGAGGGGCGGCUCCGAGCGGGAGACGACCGGGAUUCAGAUAUGGAGCGAGGUUUUCCUGGUGGACAAGCCCGAUGGCACCAAGGUUGCGGUGCUGCUGAUGGACACACAGGGCACCUUUGACAGCCAGUCCACCCUAAGGGACUCAGCCACCGUGUUUGCCCUCAGCACCAUGAUCAGCUCCAUCCAGGUUUAUAACUUGUCCCAGAAUGUGCAGGAGGAUGAUCUGCAGCACUUGCAGCUGUUCACCGAGUACGGCCGGCUGGCCAUGGAGGAGACAUUCCAGAAGCCUUUCCAGUCCCUUAUAUUCCUUGUUCGUGACUGGAGCUUCCCUUAUGAAUUUUCCUAUGGAUCUGAUGGUGGUGCAAGAUUUUUGGAGAAGAGGCUGAAGGUGUCAGGCAAUCAGCACGAAGAGCUGCAGAAUGUCAGGAAGCACAUCCAUUCCUGCUUCACCAAAAUCUCCUGCUUCCUCUUACCUCACCCCGGCCUCAAAGUCGCCACCAACCCCAAUUUCGAUGGAAAACUGAAAGAAAUAGACGAUGAAUUCAUCAAGAACUUAAAGAUUUUGAUUCCUUGGCUUCUUAGUCCCGAGAACCUGGAUGUUAAGGAGAUCAAUGGAAACCAUAUCACCUGUCGAGGCCUUGUGGAGUAUUUUAAGGCAUACAUAAAGAUCUACCAAGGGGAGGAGUUGCCACACCCCAAAUCGAUGCUGCAGGCCACAGCAGAAGCCAACAAUUUAGCAGCAGUUGCCACUGCCAAAGACACCUACAGCAAGAGGAUGGAGGAGGUGUGUGGAGGUGACAAACCCUUCCUGGCUCCCAGCGACCUGCAGACCAAACACGCGGAGCUGAAGGAAGAGGCCGUGCGGCUUUUCCGCGGCGUCAAGAAGAUGGGAGGGGAGGAGUUCAGCCGCCGCUACCUGCAGCAGCUGGAGGCUGAAAUCGACGAGCUCUACAUCCAGUACAUCAAACACAACGACAGCAAGAACAUCUUCCACGCUGCCCGCACCCCGGCCACGCUCUUCGUCGUCAUCUUCAUCACCUACGUCCUGGCCGGCGUCACCGGCUUCAUUGGCUUGGACAUCAUAGCCAGCCUGUGCAACAUGAUUCUGGGCUUGACACUUAUCACACUCUGUACCUGGGCUUAUAUCAGAUACUCUGGGGAGUACAGAGAGCUGGGAGCUGUAAUAGAUCAAGUGGCUGCAGCCUUGUGGGAUCAGGGAAGCACGAAUGAGGCUUUGUACAAGCUGUACAGCGCGGCCGCCACCCACAGACACCUGUACCACCACGCCUUCCCCGCACCGCGAGCCGAGCCCGCCGAGGGCUCCGACAGGAAGAAGGUUUAGGAAGCGCGGAUCCCGCAGUCCCGGCUCCCCCGGGAGCGGCAGCCUCGCCCCGUCCGUCCCCGAGCCCGCCGGGAGCAGCGCCGCGGUCCCGGCCCCGUGUACAUACGGCACUGCCGCAGCCCAGAGCUUUGGUUUGGCACAGCCGGCGACUCCCAGCUCGUUUAUGAAGCCUUAUUUCCCCUUUCUUCAUUAGUCACCACCGAGAAAACGAUAAUUUACGUGAUACCGCGACUAAAAAGGCCGAAGCUUAUCCAAAAGUCAAUUUAUUUCAGGUACUUGAAGAAGUUAUAACAUGUAACCACGUUUUGUUUUUUUCCUUCGUUUAACUGUUUAAUUCCAUGAACAUAAUUAAAAUGUAUUAACUUGCUUUAUCAGACACUGUAAGGGCACUUCUGCUAUGGUCUGUUAAGGGUGCUGUGAGGAACGCGGCCGUUUCUGUUUGUCUGCACAAAGUGUCACUUUGUAGCUGUGCUGGAGGAAGUUUCACUGUAUUUCUGUACAUAUUUAUCCAUGAUAGUGCAUAGGAUGUGUGGUACACUUCUAUUCUUUUAUUGUCAGGAUUAUUAAAGUUUGCUUUUGGUUCCUAAGAAGUUGCUUCCACAGGGAAAAGUUAUUUAUUAUCUAGGUAAGAGCUUCUCCUCUGGGGUUUUUGAUGGGUUUGAUUUGGGAUUUCAGGGUUGGUGUUUUGAGGGUCAUUCACUCACUGACAGAACCAGAGCUCGGUGCCAUCGAGAGCUUCCAUCACCUCAAGCCCGUGGGGCUCUUACUGCUGGUAAAAACGGUUUAUUUGAUGUUCUAAAAGGCCACAAAUCAGUCACACAAACCCUCUGCUCGUCAAACAAAAUGAUUUUUAUUGAAUUAAUAGGAUUUACAAGAAAUGUACUUUUUUGUGUGCAGUGUUUAUUGCACUGAAAAGAACCCAUAAAUAACACAUCAGGACAAUUAAUGAACCAAAUGAAAUUACUGGAGAGGGUAACUGGACAAUUAAAAAUUUUCCCCAAGUGAGGAGCUUUAAGACAAAAAGCUCAUUAAAAAAACCCCCAGUAAUUGCUGUUACAUCCCUGAUUUUCCCCGUGGGGUGGCACAGUGGGUCAGACAGUGCUGCUGUCUUUCCACUGGAGCGGGUCAGGUUUUGGGAAAUGCAGGAUCAAAACAACUCUGCUUAGAGAUCUUGGUCUUUAGGAAGGUACAAACGUUCCCCCUUGGAGUAAUCUGUGUGAAAACAAGGAGUAAAUCUGGAGUACAAACGAGCUAAAGUAAAAAAUAAGGCAACUCGGAUCCAAAGGGUGAAAUCAGCUCCUGGUGUGACUCGACAGGCCUGGGGGUGUUCUGUACAUUAAAGCUGUAAACCAAGAGCAGAGCUCUCUCAGGAGAGGGAUCCCAAAUCCCGAGGGAAAGAAACACCCUGCAGGAGGCAUCUGGAUUUGGACAACAUUUGGAAGCCAGGACGUGACAGUUGCAUCUAUUGACCUUAAAAUACAUACACAGCCAGCUUUUAAUACUGCAGCUGACUGGCAGGAAAGAGAUCCAGGAUCAGGGGACCGAUGGAACUGCUGGUUUCUCAGGAUAACAAACUACCCCCGGCACAGGAAAAAAAAAAAAAAAAAAAGAUUAACAAUCAAUCUCCACUUUUUUUUUU